AUGUCAGACAAUCUGGUCUGCCAUCAUUGUCCUCAUCGGACAUUUCGGGACGAGACCGAGUUUGAAGCUCAUUGUUUGACGCAUGGAAGCACACAAUCAGCCCUUCGUCGCAGGGGUCGUACCUACGGCGCACGAACCAGCUAUGGCCCAACAGUUCUCGCGACGGACAUACCUUCUUCCGGGCCAAUUCUGCCUGUUGCUUCUGGAGAUAACGGCGGGACACCGAGCUCGAAGCCACCAGCAGCCUUGCCAGUCAAUGGGCCACUGGGCGGAAAUGGUGGGCAUGAUAUUCGUCCACAGGCGCAGCCUGCGUCCCCGUUGAUCAGCCAGACUGAUGACGAUGACGUUUAUAAGAUACUCGCAGCAUUUAUGAGCCAAGACAAGUCGUUCUUGGUCUUUCGGCGAUUUUCGAAGUUGAACCUUCAGGUGCUUCUCAAGAUGCAGGCCGGGAUUUUCCAGUUGGAACAGAAGUUGGUCCAGGCUAAGGCGGCCGGCGACUCUGACGCUGUUUCGACAAGCGAGUUAAUAGCCAAGCAACUGCAUCAAUACAAUGCAGCCCUUCUACAGUAUUCGCAGCUUACAGGGCUUCAUAGAGCCGAGGAUACUUCUAUAUCGGAUCUACGCCAGUAUAUAGUUAAUGUGGCAAAGGGCGAUACUCCAAUACGUCGACUACUCACCGCGAGUGAUGCCGAUGAAGCUGACUUUGUGUCCCUGGAUCGAGAUCGAAUCCCAAGGAACCGGAUGUACAGGCUUGUAGAGCGUCUAACAUGGCGCCUUUUCACCACCACAGCAGCAGGGGGCAGGAGAGUAGAGAUUCCCCAGCAAGGGACCCUGUAUAUCUUCGACGAUAACAUGAUCCAGACCACCUUCCGGGCAAUUAUUACUAUGCUCACAUUCCUAAUCCUUCUGACACCGAUCAUUGUUCUUUCCUACAUGGAAGAAAAACGGAAAAUGCUGGUUGUCAUUGUUGUAUGCACCGCUGCCGCAGCGGCUAUCAUGGCGAUGACAACGGAUUGUCGUGAGCAUGAGAUUAUGAUUGCUGCAUCGACUUACGCGGCUGCUUUGCUCGUGUACAUAUCAGAUUAA